AAAAAAAAAAGCGCGAUCGGGGCCGGGCGCGGGGCGGGAGCGGAGCCGGGCGCGGGGCAUCGGGCCGAGGCAGGGCUGCGCUCCGGGCUGCCCCGGCCCCCUCCGCCCCACCGCGGCUGUUUUUUGGGGCUAAAGAAGCUUUUUCCGCCCGGUUUUGGUGCUGCCGCCGCCUGCUUCUCUGCAGGUAUUUCGGGGGGGGGGGUGUGUUUGGAGACCGGCCGGUGCCAGCGCCCGGCGGACCCCCCCCCCCGCGCCCCCCCUAAAAUGCCACCGCUGAGAUUGUGACCCCUUCCUUGAGGCAAAAUCGUGGGGUGCUUCUGCCCCCUUCCCCGGCCCGGGCUUCUUGGAAAGGACUUUGCAAUGCUGCGGCUCCCCCGGGGAGUGUCCCCCGCCCCGGGGAGGGGGGGCGCCGCCCUCCUGCUCCCCCCCUCCCACCCGAAGAAGGUCAUGUCGGUGAUGGGCUCCUCUGAGCAGGGGGCUUCCAGCCUGGGCAGCCCUCUGUUAUCCGCCGGUUGCUUCACCCAGCUCUACAAGCCGGCGGCUGUCAGCGUCCCCGCUCCCCAGGGGGGGUGUCUCUAUGCCACCCCCCAGGGCCCGCAGCUCAGGACCCUCCGCUCAGCCUCAGCGGGACGGCUGCCGGGAGCUGCUGUUGGAGCCACGCUGAGCCGGCACGGGGACCUGGGCGCCAUGCGGGACGUGCUGGGGGGGACCCUGUGGGACAGCCCGACCUGGGAGCAGGCCAAGAGAAAGCUGGACCUGGAGGGCCCCGAACUUUGCACGCCCAAGGGGAAGGGCAGGACCCUGGUGCAGGUCCCCAGCCCCAGGACCCCCAAGUCUCCUGGGGAGAAGACUCGCUACGACACCUCGCUGGGGCUGCUCACCAAAAAAUUCAUCCGUUUGCUGAGCGAGUCGUCCGACGGCGUCGUGGAUCUCAACCGGGCGGCCGAGGUGCUGGAAGUCCAGAAACGUCGCAUCUACGACAUCACCAAUGUGCUGGAAGGCAUCCAGCUCAUCCGCAAGAAGUCCAAGAACAACAUCCAGUGGAUGGGGACAGGGAUCUUUGAGGACACGGUUGUGACGGCGAAGCAGCAGGCGCUGCGGGGGGAGCUGGCUGAGCUGGCCAGGAUGGAGAGGACACUGGACCAGCUCCUGCAGGACUGUGCCCUGCAGCUCCGGCAGCUGGCUGACAGCGAAGCCAACCAGAGGCUGGCGUACGUCACCUACCAGGACCUCCACACCAUCAGCAACUUCAAGGAGCAGACAGUGAUCGCCAUGAAGGCUCCCCCCGAGACACAGCUGGAGGUGCCAGACUUCAGCGAGGACAACCUCCAGCUCCACCUGAAGAGCACCAAUGGCCCCAUUGAGGUCUACCUCUGCCCGGAGGAGAUCGCGGAGGAGAGCCCCACCAGGGACCAUGGCACCCCCUCCGCUGCCACCUCUCCACGGGACCAUGCCGUACCCCCUUCCCUGCCAAACAGCCCUGGGCCAGCCCCACAGCCGCCCCAUGUCUUCCCCCAGAGCUGGGGGGCCAUGGAAACCUCCUCCUCCUCACCCCCACCUCUGCCUUUCGCUGUCCGGGGGGGGUCCAGCUCGCUGCUGGAGGUGGAGGCUGGGCUUCUGGGCUCGCCCCCACACCUCCUGCAGCAGACGGAGGACCAGCUGCCCUGCACCCCCUCCCACCUGGACUUGGGACCCUUCAUCACCUUCUCACCCCCCCUAGAACAGGAUGACUAUCUCUGGGGGCUGGAGGGUGAAGGCGUCAGUGACCUCUUCGAGGCAUAUGACCUGGGGGACCUGCUGAAGCACUGAGCCCUCCCCUCCCUAUUCCUUUUUCCCUUCCAGCCACUUGUGUCCCGAGUGUGUGGGGUCUCUGUGGGGUGGCUGGAGAGUGUGGGGUUGGUCAGGGAGUGCUGUGUUUUCUGAGGGUGGUGGUGGGGGGCUCAUGUCAGCUACCCUGGGUGGCUUCUUCUCCAUCUCCUGGGUUGGUUGUCACCUGGGGGCUCUGUCACCUCGCUAGGCUCUGGGAGCACCCUGGGAAGGUGUAGGAAGGAUGCAGCCAGCUCCUGUCCCAGCGCUGGCCAUAACACCGCGGGGUGCCAGCACCAAUGCUCCCCCGCUGCCCCGGGGCUGCUGGUGAACUGGGGGUGCCUUUGAGUGCAUGGGUUGGGUUAGGAGCACCCCUGGGUGGGAAAGGAACCCCUGCCCAGGAUGGGCCAUGUUGGGGGACUGUCAUGUUUUGGGACCAUUCCAGUUGCUCCCCAGUUAGACUGGUUUUUCAGGGUCAUGACAGAUUUUUUUUGAGCAGCAUUUCCCCCUUGUGUGGCUGGGAAUAUCCUUAAAAAAAUAAUCAGGCAACAAAGCUGAAGUCACCUUUGGAUGGUAGAGGAUGAAGCUCAUGUGUGGGCACUGCACCCACAGCCUCCAAAAUCAGCAGCUCCGGCAAAUCCCUGGCCAGGACACGGAGCCAUAUUUCUUGGGGGGCUGUGGCCCCUCUCCCCCAGUCCGCACCAGCUCCCUCUAGCCUCUUGGAGCUAUUGGUGCUGGGGGUAUCAAAGCUGGAGUGUACUGGGACAAAGGAUGCUAUUAACUGGUGGCUGGAGCAUCAGCUGCAGAGGGGCUUGGGUAGCGGUGCCGCAUGAGCCCCCAGACAUGGGGCUGGAUACGGCUUUUAAUUGUGCCAUUGCAAAAUAUAUGUAAUUAUUGCACUGUAUUUAUACAGGACCCCCCUUUCGGCAUGGUGCUGGUGAGGGGUGGGUUGGUAUUUUGGUUGUUAAGUGAGUGUAUUUAAGUUGUCCGUCCUUGGGUUGGUUCUGCUGCGGUUUGGCUUGGAGGCAGCGUGGGUAAGAGUGUGUUUUGGCAUGGAAAAACUUGUGGCACUUGAUGUUUUCUGCCUGGGAGGGGGUGAAAUAAAAUAAAACUUUGGAGUUAUAA